AUGACUUCGGGAACACCGUACAUUGGCACUAAGAUAAGCUUAAUUUCUAAGUCAGAAAUUAGAUAUGAGGGAAUUUUGUACGCUAUCGACACAAAGGAAGCUACAGUGACGUUAGCGAGUGGUUAGUUUCUCUUUCUCUUAUUUCUACGUUAGUGUUAUUUUUUUUUCACCUGUUUUCUCGAGCGAGAUUAUAUAUAAUUGAACUUCCUCUCCUCAUUUUACAGUUCGUUCACUUGGGACAGAAGACAGGGAAGUAGAAAAAUACAUAGCUCCAAGGAACGAAAAAUAUGAGUUUAUUGUCUUUAGAGGACAGGACAUAAAAGACUUGACUGUUGGCGAACCCAAGAGGGAAGAGCAAAUUAACUCGCAGCCACCUCAGGACCCAGCCAUUGUUCAGGUACAUACUUGUUCAAGUUGCACAUUGAAACAAAACGGAAAUUGUAUCGAUUGUUUAGAAGUGACAUUUAAGAACGUCUGGUUCCGGUUUUCUACAUGUACAAAAUACAAACAACAACGAUUUAGUGUUCUUGCGUUCGUUCAACUUAUUUAUUUUUUACUUCAGUCUUUAUUUGUAAGAUUUUUCAUCCUUCAAAGAGACGUUCAUGGUCGUCAAAAGGAACAUAUUGUGCUCAAUUUGAAGCUGUUGUAUUAAAAACAUGACUCAGGCCAUUUGUCACUUUGAACUUUUGAAGAGUCACUGAAAAGAAUAUCAUUCUAAAAAAGUUGCCCUGUAUUCUGUAGUUAUACCAUGAACAAUACUGUGUAUUUACCGUGAAUUCCUCUUUAACCCUGAAAAUAGUUUUCAUAAUAAUUUGCCAAAUUUUUUUGUUGAUCACAUUUACCUGCCUAUUGGCAUUUGUCACACACCAAAAAUUGAGACAAUCAUUCCUGCCUGUACCCCUCUACUAUUGUGGUGGCAAAUUCCCUACCCCAUAAACAACCACUGUUAUCAAAUUUCAUCUAGCUUAGCCUGCGAAAACAUCCGUUUCUCCUCGCUCUUCGCCAAUGGGGACGUUUCACGCGGAGGAACGUCUGCGACUCAGCAACAGAAAUUCCAUACUGAUGACGCAAAAUCUGUCCGGAAUCCAGUCAGAAGUGCUGAUUGGUCGACGGAGUAGUUACAUUGUUUGAGCUGUUGUUUUCGAACGACAGACAAAAGACAAAAGGCCACAAAGGUCGAAUGUAAACACGAAGAAUUUCUAACAAAACAGUCAAUAUAAAUUUUGUGGAAUAUAGUCUUCUCUAGCAGAAGCAUUGGAGUUUUGCUGGAGCUCGUUGGUAGAUGAACACAACACUUUACCAAAAUCGACCAGAAGACGCGUAUUUAAAAUGGACAAAUUUACAUUUAAAACCCCAUGACUACUGGAUUUGUUAUGUAAACAUUGGUUUGCGUCAUCAGUAUCGAAUUUCUGCAGCUGAGUCGCAGACGUUCCUCCUUGCGAAACGUCCCCGGUGGCGAAGAGCGAGGAGAAACGGAUGUUUUCGCAGGCUACAUCUAGCUCAGGCAGAAACCAGUCGUUUUGAUUCAAGUGGUUUCGAUACAAAUUUCAUAACAAUUUCAUUAAAUUGAAAUAAUUUAUAGUUAGUGCCCUGGGAUGCGGGGUACUUCCUAGUAAUAGGCUAAUGGGGAUGUGCCGCCAUAUGGGGUCACAUUUCCAUGGCUGGAUUGAUUAUUAUGGGGUUGCAUUUUCAUGAGAGUUGCUAGAAUGGGGUCGCACAUUUUCGGGGUUUGGGGGAUCAGAAAAUUCAGGUAGGUAGGACUUUUACCACAUUAAAUUUAACAAAUGUGUCAAUUCCAAAGUAGAUGCAUAAACAGAAAGUUACUAAGUUGGGAUCUCAAAAAUAACAUUUUCCCAAAAGUGACUAAGAUGGGGUGUAUAUUUGCCCACAGAAUAGACUAUAAUGGGGUAGGGGUUCUGAGAGACCAGCUGCACAUGCCCCCCCUCCCCCUCCCCGCCAAAACAGGCUGACAUUCAGCAUAUUAAAAUCAUUAUUCUUACAUGGCUUUGAGGCUUUGGGGUCAAGAUUGCAAAGUUUCCAUGACUCUGUUGACACACAAUUCCAAGACAAGACUUGAGCACAAAGAAAUCGAAACCAAAUAUAGAGAAAUGACCAGAAAGCCUCAGGGUCAAAUUUUAAUAAUAUCAAACACGGGCUAUUCUUGCAAUGUUUUUAAUUCCCCAUUGACAUGUGUCCCUUUUGGCAAAUACUGUUUUCACAUUACAUGUUCGUUUCUUUUUUUUUACCAGACUGGACUGCCAAGUGGUUAUUCUCAUUUUCACACCCCUGUAUCAUACCCUCAUGUACCUAGUUAUGGUCCAUUUGGAGGUGUACCAUCGUACGGGGGCUAUCCACCUGGCAUCCCACAGAGACCUAUGCCAGGUCACAUACAGCCACCCAUGGGUAUGAUGCCACCUCCAGCAGUAAUGCCUCAACGGAUAGGAACACCACCUGCAAUUCCCCCUAUGCCUUUGUCCAGAGGUCAUUCUCCAUCUCCCGAUUCUGUGUUACCUGGGUCAUCAAGCACCAAAUCUGCAGAAAGCCAGGGAAAUGAAUCUCGUAGCAGAACCACAUCACAGCAAGGAACUCAAACUGUUCAAACAAAAAAGAAACCAUCCUCAAGACCUUCAUCAAGAAGAAAUUCAGAGGACAAGACUGAGCAACCACUAGAGUCAAAAAAGAAACCAGAGGUUAAAAAAGAAGAGAAAGAGACCACUAGCAGCAAAGAAGCCACUGGAGGGAACCAAACUCCAGCUGAGCCACAGAAGCAGAGACAAGGUAUCAAAAAGUUGGUGGUGAUGCUUUAUUUUUACAUCCUCGCGUAGGUUGUCGGCCAUAUUAUUUCUUUGGACCAUCAUUUUCCGUAAUGAAUUAUCACAUUGCUUAAGUUUUUUUGAUAAAUGGUUUGCUAUAAUUAAUGAUUUGCUCAUAAGCAGUAGCAAGGCAGUUUCUUGGCUAAUCAUAACUGUCACACAAUUCUCAGAUUUGACUGACUAUCAGGAGCGCUGAUUUCAGCAUCAAAAGAAUACUUUAAUAGGACAGUAUGCCUUGUGCGGCAGUAAUAGUUGGACAGUGUGCACCAUUGUACGUGCUUGAAUGGUCUUUUUUUUUUCAUUUCGAGCAAAAAGCUUUCGAAAGAUGUUGUGUUUCAAUUUUUUAAAAAAAGUUUAGAUAAUGACAUGUUUUUGUUAUACACUGUAGUUACAGUUAAUGAUAAUAACAGGACUUUGUGUUGUCCAAUUCAGUCCUCAAUCAUAUUUCUGAUUAAACAAAUCAGACUCCCACUAUGUGGUCAUGCAGUGUUAUAUAUUGCUGCUACAUGGUUACCGACUGAAUUGGACUCCACUCAGUCCUGUUAGCUGAAACUUUGUGACAUGUGGUAAUUCUUGCUUGCUUGUUUUUGUUUGCUUUUUAAGGUGGAAAUCGCCGCACUCAAGGCAGAAGAGGAAAUUCUAGUACAAGAGGUUCUAAACCAAAACCUGGAGGUGGUCCUGUUAAAUUCGAGGGUGAAUUUGACUUUGAGAGUUCAAAUGCCAAGUUUAAUAAAGAAGAGAUUGAGGAAGAGUUACAACAAAAACUUCAUGAAAAUCUCCGGAUUACAGAUGAGGUGAGCAAGUGCCGUGGUAGCAGGGUGCAAAGAAAAUCAUUUUUACAGCUUGCCAUUCGGGCAAGCUGAAGGUAGCAUUUACUUGCCCAGAUGUCAUUUAAACUAGCCCCUAAAACUUUUUGACUAGCAGAACUGAUUUCAGUUCUUCUAUUCUUCGAAUUCCUCAUAAAACAUCACUUGCUCGUUGGGCAAGUUAGAAACAGAAUUCACUAGGCUGAUAGCAAAAUCCUUUAGCCCUAGGCUAUCAGACACUACUUUCUUUGCACGCUGCGGUAGGGAUGUGAGAGGAAUAUAGUUCUUACCUUAUUGCUUAUUUCAAAACAUCACCGAUAUCUCAAUAAUGCUGUCAUAAGGUGAGGUCAAUAUUUUACCAACUGUAAGGCAUCUAUUGAUUAUACAAGCCUCCAAGAACAGUUCUAAAGAAACCUCCCAGCACUUAAACUUGACUUUAACUUUGCUGGUGAAGCACAUCUGCAGUGCAGUGGCGCUUGGCUACAAUCUUGAAUCGCAUAACAACUUUCAUAGAGUCAUUCACAGAGUACUAACCACAGAUCAUCUGGAGUGUGGGUCUUGUUGUUUUUUCCGUGUAGCAUUUGGUGACAUGUAUGGAUAACUAUGCCCCUUGUGUUGCUCCUGGACCACUAUUCUUAUGAAGAAGGGGCCUUUAAGCUCCCUAAGUAAGAAUUUUCAUGUAUUGCCCCUGAACCAUCCAUAUGAACCGCUUUGAUUUCACUACAAAAUGCUGCUGUCUGGAAUGACUGUCAAAUGGCACAUUUCCACAAAAAAAUGCAUGCAGUGUACAUAAGUUCUGUUGGUCUUUUCUUACUUGUAAUAAAUUAUUUUGAUGGAAAUGUUCAACAUUUCUAACAGAAAUGAAUUUUUUUUUUUCAGGUUGAAAAUAAAGGGAACAGUUCAUCAAAUAGUGAGGAUCUCCAAGACAAACCUCAAACACCAACCUCUUAUUAUGACAGCUCCAAGUCCUUUUUUGACAGUAUCUCUUGUGAGGCAAAUGAUAGAGACCGAAAUAGAAGGUGAUUAUAAAAUGUGACCUAUUUUUAAGAGCCAUUCAGAUAAAAGGUUAAUAGAGCGCUUCAAUCCAGAUGAAAACUUUGCUUAAAUCAAAUACUAAGUUGUUCCAUUUUUUCGUGGUAAGUGACUGGUUUCUGACCUGUCUGUUUGGUAAAAUGGAGAGCACCCAGUCCCUUAAUCUGUAUGGGUUGUAAGCUUCACUGGGGGCAGGCAAUGUGAACAACCUUUUCAUCUUGCCUUUAUUUAGGGCACAUCCUUCAUGGCAGCAAGAGCGCAAGGUAAAUAUGGAAACAUUUGGAGCUGCAGGUGGUAUGCGACGAGGGGGACGUGGUAGAGGCAGAGGUCGUGGAGGAUAUAGAGGUGGCCGUGGUGGAUACAGAUAUCAAGGACGUGACAACAGCAAUCGAGGUGGACGUGGAGGAUAUAGAGGGGGUAGUAGAGGUGGUCGCACAAGAGCCUGGGUUGAUUACCCCAUCGAUGGUGACGAGAAAUUACUACCAAAGAAUCUUGCUAACGGACCCUCCAUGGUAUGA